UAUCCCUUGAUUAUAUACUCUUUGACUCUGGUACUUACCUAUGCCCUAUUAAAUAUCUAUCUAUAAUUUUUUUAAUGUCAACAAAUUGAAACGGUACCAUUAUUUUUAGUUAUUGAUUUUAGUUUUACCUGACUCGAUAUUUGUAUGAUUUAUCGUGUUAUGGAAAUUGGAAUUAAUACAAAAUGAAUGCAUUAUUGGAUUACGGCACGUCGUCUUCCAGUGAUUCAGAAGAUGCACAAGAAACUAAAGACAAAUGUCAGGAAAGUACAAAGCCCAAAUUACCUAAACCAGCUCUUGGAGAAAGCAGUUUACAAACCUCAGUAUUUUCCAAUCCAUUUGUUGAAGCUGAAUUAGCCAAGGCUGCUAUUUUAGAGAAACACGUUAAAAUGGUUCCAGGUAAAGACAAUGUACAGAUGAUCAACGGGAAGAAAAUUUGCUGGAACUACAGAAAAGGGAGGUGUCGAUUCGGUCACCACUGUAAAUAUGCACAUGAUUCUGAUAUUCAGAAGUCUGCCGAAGAAUUAGAAACUGAGAAACAGAAAUUAAAAUCAGUUGUAUGCGAGGGUGCAGGGACUAUGACAGCUGCUCCACCACCCCAGAUAACUAUGGACUCUGUAUUACCCACUGAUGAUGCAGUUUGGGAUGGGACACCAGAAAAAAAGAAAUUAAAACGACCAGGCUUGAGUCAGACUUUGGUGCCGGGCAAGAAAGUUAUGAAAAUGUAUAAGGAACAGAAAGCUAAAGAUUCAAAUAAAAAAUAAACAUAUAACAACUUCAUUUUACACAAAUUUUCACCCACGAUGUUUCAUAUUUAUAAUAAAUAAUUUAUUAAAAAAACAAUGUAAAAAAACCUUAUAAAAAAGAAUAAUCUUCAUUUGAGACUUCUCUAAAAAAAAAAGCAGCAACUUCAAUUGUAACAAAAUUCAUAUGGGACUAACAUGGAAAACCACUAUAUAUUCCAAGUUGGUUCAGACACAAAAAUGCAAGCAAAUUAAGAAUGUCCUUUUUGAGAAUUUGCUAACUUUAUUAUAAAAGUUAAAGUAGAUAAUUGAAUAAUAGCUGGUCUACUUGCACCUGCAUUUCAUUCUUCACUUACAGUACUGAUUUUAAGGAGAGACUCGGUAGGCUGUUUCUAGUGACGCUGCUGACUAAAAAGGCCGCUAUAGAAUCACUAAAGAAUCGAUUUUAUUCUCGUUUGGAGUGAACAACAGGUCCCUAUUAAUUAUUUGUCCAUGGCUAUAUGUUUCAUAAUAUUUAGUUUAUAUUAGGAAUUUAGAUGGGAGCGAAAAUCAAUGAAUGACAACGCUAUACGAGACUAAAUAUUUAUUAAAAGAAGGUAGUAAAAUAACCUUAAAAACAUUAAUGUACCCGAGAUAUAACCAAUAUUUUUAUUUGAUAAUUUCGUGAAAUUAUCUAAUUUAAAUAUCCUAUUCUUAACUGUAUUUUAGAUUAUUCUACAUGCAUACAUACACAUAUUACCCCUGUGUUUUAUUAGUGUAAGAGGAAACGAUAGCACGCCAAAUACUCCGAUUCAAACAUGCCUCUCGCUUUCUCCACUUUCAUCGAUUAAUUUAAUUCUAAUAUCUGAUUUCAUAAUCUUUCAUCGAUUGUAACCCUUUAGAUCAUGUAAAAGUUAAGUACCUAAAUGCUAUUUAUA